AUGGAUGGCGACUGGGAUGAGGUUGCCCGCAUUCCGUUCCCGCCUCCGGGCGUCCAUGCGAUGCCGACACCGGUAACCACGAUGACUUUUGACACCUUCCAAGAACUGCUAUGGACCGGAAACGAUUAUGGUCGAGUAACCUCAUUUCUUGGUUCGGAAUUACAGCGAUACACUUCUUUUAAAGCGCACCUUUCGACCGAUGGAGCUGUCCGACAAAUAUUGGUCAACGACAAAGGCGUGGUCGUACUGGGGUCGAAAGAUGUUCACAUGGCACAGAGGAGAGGACCGCCUAUGUGGCAUAUCAAGCAUGACGACAUGAAGGAACUACGAUGUAUGAGCUUUACCUCGAAAGGGACGGCCGAAAUAAUUGCUGCAGGGUUGCAAGACACAAUGCUAGUCAUCGACCUUAAUAAGGGCGAGGUUGUGAAGCAGAUUGCAACGGAACACCAAUACUCCAUCAUGAAACGAGGAAGAUAUAUUUGCGCGGCGACCAAGAAUGGCACUGUGAAUCUCCUCGAUCCCGUGUCCUUUGCAGUGGUCAAGUCUUGGAAUGCUCACUCUGCUUUGAUCAGUGACAUGGAUGCCCAACAUGACUUCAUUGUCACUUGUGGUUAUUCGCUUCGACAAGGCCAAACGUACAUGCUUGACCCGUUCUUGAACGUGUUUGAUAUCAAAAAGAUGUCGUCCAUGGCGCCGAUACCCUUUCCUGCUGGAGCUGCCUACGUCCGCAUGCAUCCCAGGAUGCUAACAACAAGCAUUGUGGUGUCUCAAUCAGGCCAGAUGCACGUAAUCGACCUAAUGAAUCCCAACACAACGAACAUGCGGCAAGCAAAUGUUCUCACCUACCUCAGCAUGUUUGAAAUUGCACCGUCUGGGGAAGCAAUGGCCUUGACUGAUGCUGAGUGCAAUAUCCACCUUUGGGGUUCACCGACAAAACUGCAUUUUGUCGACUUGCCUACACCGAUAGACUUUGCUGGGCCAGAGGAUCAUGCUCCUCAGAUUGAGUGGACGUCUGAGACUCCGCUUAAUUCCGUUGGGUUGCCAUAUUAUAGGGAAGUAUUAGCAUCAGCAUGGCCGGACCUUGUAUCGGAUGUUGGCGCCCCUCCGGUGCGAUUUGACCCCCAGUUCAUUGCGAGUCUGAAGCCGACCGAAUUCGGGCUGUAUGGGCGCAACACGCGAGGACUCCGCAGGAACCAAGCAGAGGAUACCAGAAACAGCCACAAGUCUGCAAACUCUGGUCUUAAGGCGCCAAAAUUCCUAAGCGAGAAAGCUAGAGAGUCUGCGAAAUCUGAUUUCAACACCGAUGAUAGGCACGACGAUGCCUCUGGCCCAGUAGCUGAUAACGAGGUUGAAAGCAAGAAAUCAGAUGUGCCAGUUAUGUACCGUAAUGUUGAAAUCAAGUACAGCAAGUUCGGAGUGGAUGACUUUGACUUUGGUUUUUACAACAAAUCUCGCUACUCGGGCUUGGAAAUUCAUAUUUCAAACUCCUACGCUAAUUCACUCCUCCAAAUUAUGCACUUUACUCCCCUUGUGCGGAACCUAGCCCUGCAGCAUGCGGCUACUGCAUGUGUCGGCGAAAUUUGCUUGCUGUGCGAACUGGGCUUUCUCUUCGACAUGUUGCAAAAAGCAGACGGCUCAAUCUGUCAAGCCACGAACCUGUUGAGAACACUAAGUAGUCACCCACAAGCGGGACCACUUGGCCUUCUUGAAGAGGAUUCCCAUAGCUCGUCCCUGAAUGUGAUGCUGCAAGGGUUAACCAGAUUCCUCUUGGAUAAAAUUGUUUCUGACUAUAAGAGCAUUUCGCCAACUUCAUCCACUAUGGAACAAGUUGGUGAUACCUACUGCAAAGCCCUCACUGUACAGCCGCUGACAAACGUGCAGAUUCUUGCAACCUCAGCCACAAGCUCCAUACGAUGCAUGAAUUGUAGGAGCGAGUAUACAAGACCAGGUUCCACGUUUGUCAAUGACUUACUCUAUCCACCAUUCAAGCCUCCUGGACGGAACGCCAAAAUGCCCCGGGUAACUUUCUCUCAAGUACUUAAGAGCAGCGUUGAGAGAGAAACCACCUCUAAAGGCUGGUGUAGCCGUUGCCAGCGUUAUCAAACUAUAGCUACUAGAAAAACAAUCCACAACAUCCCGGCUGUUUUGAUGCUCAAUACUGCAAUCACAAGCCACGACCAUCGCAUGUUGUGGUCUACUCCCGGCUGGCUUCCCGAGGAGAUCGGAAUAAUCGUCGAGCAAGGUCAAUUUUUUUGUUAUGAAGGCGAAGACCUAAAACUUCACUUACAGCGAGGCAUACAUAACAUUACAGUAUAUUCACUCAUCGGAAUGGCAAUCAACAUCGAGGGCGGUCAGACGCAAAAGCCGCAUCUGGUAUCCAUGAUCAAUGUUGCGCAUGCUGAGCAGGAAGCGCCUGGACACAGUCAAUGGCAUCUGUUCAACGACUUCUUGGUACGAUCCGUCAGCACUGAAGAGGCACUUACAUUCAAUACGUCGUGGAAAGUCCCUAGUGUUGUAGCAUUCCAAAUGAAAGAAGCCAACAACAAAAUCGACACAACUUGGAAGGAUCAGUUGGAUACCUCGAUUCUCUAUCACGAUUUGAACCCAAACCCCAAUUCUGACAAUAAAACGUAUCAACUUCUGAAUGCGGACACAGAACGUCCUGGCCCGGAUACUAUCAUAGCCCUAGACACCGAGUUCGUGGCCAUACGGCAGCCCGAAAUCGAGAUGAACUCUGACGGAGAGCGGGAGACAAUCAGGCCCAUUGUCUAUGCACUGGCACGAACAUCGGUUGUACGAGGACAAGGCGAGAACGAGGGGCUCCCUUUCAUCGACGACUAUAUAUCCAUACAAGAGCCCAUUGUCGACUACCUAACGUCCUACUCGGGAAUCACGGAGGAAGAUCUUGAUCCACGAAUUUCCAAACACAGCCUACUACCCCUGAAACUCGCCUACAAGAAACUCUGGGUUCUCCUCAACCUAGGCUGCAAAUUCCUCGGCCACGGUCUCAAGCAAGAUUUCCGUGUCAUCAACAUCCACGUUCCCAGGUCUCAAAUCAUCGACACGAUUGACCUGUUCUUCCUAAAGUCGCGGCUUCGCAAACUCUCCCUCGCCUUCUUGGCGUGGUACCUGCUAAAGGAGGACAUUCAAUUGGAAACACACGACUCGAUUGAAGAUUCGCGAACAGCACUCAAACUGUACAGGAAGUACCUCGAGUUUGAAGACGCCGGUAUUCUAGAGACUAUGCUGCAGGAUAUUUACCGCGCAGGCAGGGAUGUCAACUUCAAACCUCCGCGGAAGGAUGACUUGGGUGUGCAAAGGACGGAUACCCCGCCUUUACCUGUAGACAGCUCUAUGCCGGGACCGUCUACGCCCGUGAGGAAGAUUAUAGGGAUGGCGCCUGGGUCAGGGUUUGGCGGUGGAACGAGCUGGACGCCGGGGAAGGGAUCGCCCUUACGAUAG